UUUAUAUGGGUUGAUUCUUGUUUUUUUUUCAGGCCAGAUUACUCUUUCUUUAGCAGCAGCGGUGACCGUAAACUGAUUUUCAAUAAUCCUGCAUUCAAACGUGUUGCUAGAGCAGCAUCUCACAGAGGUAAACGGUCAAGUAAUAUAAAUCACACGACUACAAUCUCACCUCCUACGACCAACCUUCCAGUCACGACUAGCAUACCAAGUGUUUCGGUUCCAGGGAUUCCAAACUCUGUGUAUUGUAAUGUAUGGUCCCAGAGCCAGUACCGAACCUUUGAUGGGAGGUUCUUUUCCUUCAACGGGCAAUGUACUUAUUUGCUUGUCACAGACUACCAGGAGGAAUCAUUCAAAAUCUAUGUUCAGAAUAACUACCCUUGCUUUCAUGAAGACAGCACAGCAUGCAGGGCUGUAGUAAUUGACAAUAGCGAUCCCUACAAUUUGAUCUAUCUGCUCCCCGGUGGAAAGGUACAAUUUGACAAUGAACUUGUAGAUCUUCCAAGAAAAGUAGGUGGAGUGGUACUAGAGCAAACAUCUAACUAUAUCAGAGGGAAAAGUGGAUUAGGCUUCACAAUCACCUAUGAUGGCAAAGACUCUAUCACGGUCUACAUCACUGAUACUGAAUUAUUGACAAGCAACACGGCUGGUCUUUGUGGAUUGUAUGAUGGAGAUCCGACCAACGACUUUUUUAUUAUCAGUGCCAACGCUGAUGAAGAUCAAGCUACAGAAGCACACAACUUCGGUCAAUUUUGGAUUAUGGACUUGAUGGAAGAGAGAGAUAAUGGACAGUGCCUGGAAACAACAGCUACAACCAGGUGUACUCAGAAAACUUACUUUGAGAGUGAUGAUGAGGAGGCCUUUGCACAAUGGGUCCAGGAGCAAUGUAGUCCACUUCAAGAUUACUUCUUUGCAGAUUGUCAGAUAGAUAAUGAGGCAUUUGUCAUUGCUUGUGAGGAAGAAGUCUGUGAGUGUGCAAUGCGUGAUGAAAGUUGUAGGUGUGCUUCAUUCGCUGCUUUUGCUUUAGAGUGUGCUCGGAAUGGAACCGUGGUGCCCUGGAGGUCCCAUUUUUCUUGCCCUUUUGAGUGUCCUGUCAAUUCUACUAAAGUAUACAAUCAGUGUGGGUCUACCUGUGAUGAAACACGUUGUAACUCAGUCCAGGUAGGAUGUGAAACUGAGGAUACAAUUGGAUGCCUUGAAGGAUGCUACUGUCCACCAAUGACCUAUAAAACAAUGUCCGGUGGGUGUGUCACUGUUGAUGAAUGUCCUUGCUCGUGGCAAGGUAACGAGUAUCAACCUUCGGAACGUAACUCUGAUGGGUGUAAUGAAUGUACUUGCAUGCAAGGAAAGUGGCAGUGUACGCAGAACGACUGCGGAGCUACUUGUAUUGUUAGUGGACAGGGCCAUUACAAGACAUUUGACAACCAUCACUAUGAUUUUGCUGGAAGUGGAACAUGCUCUUAUGUUCUGCUAAAGGACUGUUGGAACAAGGGCAACAAUUACUCGGUUAGUGUGGAAAACGCUGAAUGUGGAAUGGAGGCCGUAUCAUGUGUCAAGGCAGUAGUAAUAGAUGAUCAUAAUGAAGAAGUAUCUCUGAAGAUUGAACUGAGAAGAGGUCAUAAGGUUUUCAUUGAUAAGAUGGAAGAGAAGCAGUAUCCCAUAAUGGCCAGAAACUACUAUUUGAACCAACCAACUAGCUCUCAAACAGCGGUCAUUAUGCCCAAUGGUAUAACUAUACUGUUUGAUGGUUAUGACCAAGUGACAUUAAUGGCUGAUGAAAGGCACCUGAAUACUACAUGCGGUCUCUGUGGUACAUACAAUAACAACCAUCGUGAUGACUUCUACACUGAUGCUGGUGAUGUUGAAACUAAUCCUACCUCGUUUGGUAACAAAUGGAAGGCAUUAUCCUGUCCUGAUGCUAAAGACGACACCAUACCUGAUCCAUGUGAUCUCUACUCACAGAAAGAAUUCUUUGCUUCUAAAGAAUGUGGUCGACUCCUCUACGAUAAUUCAUUUGCAUAUUGUCGUCAAUUUGUGGACCCUUGGGAGUACUAUGAUAAAUGCCGUCAUGAUGUUUGUAACUGUUUGAGCUCCGACAAUUGUGAGUGUUCUGUAUUUUCCAUGUAUGCUGCUGAAUGUGCACACAGAGGUGUAGUAAUCGAUUGGCGGACUUUUACUCCAAGUUGUGAGAUGAAGUGUAAGGCUGGAAUGAUAUACGAACCAUGCCAUCCAAUGUGCCAGACAUCAUGCAGGGCGAUUUCAUUUGAUGACACUGUCUGCAGUGAUACCUGUAUUGAUGGAUGUGCCUGUCCUGAUGGUUAUGUCAUUGAUGAACGUGGGGAAUGUGUACUAAAUGAUCAUUGUGGUUGUCUUGAUCAUGACACAAGAGUGUUUCACACUCACCAAGCACAGUUUGACAAAGGAUGUGGUAGCUGCAAAUGUCUAUCUGGAGAGCUCAACUGUACAGAUGUUGACUGCCCAAGCGAUAUGUGCUCCUUCAAUCAAGAGUAUGACCCUUGCCCUCGUCCAUGUGAGAAAACAUGCCAAAACAUGCACAAUUUUGAUGAUUGUCAGAUCACCUCAUGCCAAGGAAGGUGUGUGUGCACUCAAGACACAGUAUGGAAUGGAACUAACUGCAUUGAGCCAUCUACCUGUCCUUGUCACCAUGGUGGUCAAAGUUAUCCUGAAAACCACAUCAUUAACACAUAUGAUUGCCGCAAAUGCAUUUGUGUCAAUAACAAAUGGGAGUGUGAAGAAUUUUCUUGCUAUGGUGUCUGUACUUCAUGGGGAGAUCCUCACCUUUUAACGUUUGAUGGGAAACACUACGACUUCGAGGGGGAUUGUGAAUACAUAUUGGUUAUGACCAAUAAUUUAGACCCGGAAUAUGACAGCCCCUCUUUCAGCAUCAUAACUUCUAACGUGCCGUGUGGAACGACUGGAAUAACCUGUACAAAGUCUAUAACUUUCACCAUUAAAAAUGCAGAUAACUCUAAAGAGAAACUUCAUCUGGUCAAAGGAAAGGAAGUUCCAGCUUCUGACUCGACAUUUUUGAUUACACAAGCUGGUGACUAUGUACAUGUUGCAUCAAAAAUUGGUGUCAAAAUAAUAUGGGACAGUGGCACGUGGGUCCAAGUCAAAAUAGCGCCUAAAUACAAAGCAAAGGUUGGAGGUUUAUGUGGUAACUACAAUGAUCUAAGUGAUGAUGAUUUUAUGUCUCCUGGUGGUGGUUUGCCAGAAACCUCCGCUCUGACUUUUGGGGACAGUUGGAAGGUCGAUGAUUACUGCCCUAAGCCACCUUCCCCAAUCUCGCCGUGUAGGAGAAACCCUCAUCGCCGUGGUUGGGCAAUGCGUCAAUGUAGCGUGAUCAAAUCGGAUGUCUUUGAGCAAUGUUUUAGCCAGGUCUACUACCGACUAUAUUUUCUUAAAUGCAUCUACGAUUCAUGUGCUUGUGAUUCGGGAGGGGACUGUGAGUGCCUCUGCUCUGCCAUCUCAGCUUAUGCCAAGGAAUGCUCUGCUCAUGGCGUUCCAAUCAGGUGGAGGACCAAUGAUCUCUGUCCUAUGCAGUGUGAUGGAUGCCGGGAAUACGAUCCCUGCAUUGAACUUUGCUACACCUGUGGCCAUGAGAACGAUUGGGAUGAAGACGGGAACUGCCCUCAUACAUGUUUCGAGGGAUGCAGUUGUCCCAGUGGACAGUUUUACUAUGGAGACCAAUGUGUUGACAGUUGCCCAGUAGCCACAACUCCAUGCAUUGACCACACCACAACUACCCCUCACACUACAAUACCACAGGGAACUACCACUCAACCCCCUGAAACAACAACAGGUCUGCCGGGUACUACCAGUCUUUCCCCUGAAACAACAACUUCGCUCCCGGAAACUACCACUCAACCACUUGAAACAACAACAGGACCACCAGGAACUACAACUCAACUCCCUGAAACAACAACAGGUCUGCUGAGAACUACCACUGUUCCCCCUGAAACAACAACAGUGCCCCAAGGAACUACCACCAAACCCCCGGAAACAACAACAGGACCUCCAGGAACUACCACUCAACCACCUGAAACAACCACAGGACCGCCAAGAACUACCACUCAACCACCUAAAACAACAACAGGACCUCCGGGAACUACCACUCAACCAAUGGAAACAACAACAGGACCACUAGGAACUACAUCUCAAACACCUGAAACAACAUUUCCCCCAGGAACUACCACCAAACCUCCGGAAACAACAACAGGACCUCCAAGAACUACCACUCAACCACCUAAAACAACAACAGGACCUCCGGGAACUACCAUUCAACCACCGGAAACAACCACAGGACCGCCAAGAACUACCACUCAACCACCUAAAACAACAACAGGACCUCCGGGAACUACCACUCAACCAAUGGAAACAACAACAGGACCACUAGGAACUACAUCUCAAACACCUGAAACAACAUUUCCCCCAGGAACUACCACAAAACCUCUGGAAACAACCACAGGACCACCAAGAAGUACCACUCAAGCAUCUGAAACAACUACAGGACCUCCGGGAACUACCACUCAACCACCGGAAACAACAGGACCACUAGGAACUACAUCUCAACCACCUGAAACAACGUUUCCCCCAGGAACUACCACCAAACCUCUGGAAACAACCACAGGACCACCAAGAAGUACCACUCAACCACCUGAAACAACAACAUUGCCCCCAGAAACUACCACCAAACCUCUGGAAACAACCACAGGACCUCCAAGAACUACCACUCAACCACCUGAAACAACAACAUUGCCCCCAGGAACUACCACCAAACUUCCGGAAACAACAACAGGACCUCAAGGAACUACCAUUCAACCACCUGUAACAACUACAUUGCCCUCAGGAACUACCACCAAACCUCCGGAAACGACCACAGGACCACCAAGAAGUACCACUCAACCACCUGAAACAACUACAGGACCUCCGGGAACUACCACUCAACCACCGGAAACAACAGGACCACUAGGAACUACAUCUCAACCACCUGAAACAACGUUUCCCCCAGGAACUACCACCAAACCUCUGGAAACAACCACAGGACCACCAAGAAGUACCACUCAACCACCUGAAACAACAACAUUACCCCCAGGAACUACCACCAAACUUCCGGAAACAACAACAGGACCACCAAGAACUACCACUCAACCACCUGAAACAACAGGACCACCAGGAACUACAUCUCAACCACCUGAAAUAACAACAUUGCCCCCAGAAACUACCACCAAACCUCUGGAAACAACCACAGUCCCCCUAAGAACUACCACCAAACCCCCGGAAACAACAACAGGACCUCCAGGAACUACCACUCAACCACCUGAAACAACAACAUUGCCCCCAGAAACUACCACCAAACCUCUGGAAACAACCACAGGACCUCCAGGAACUACCACUCAACCCCCUGUAACAACCACAGUCCCCCUAAGAACUACCACCAAACCCCCGGAAACAACAACAGGACCUCCAGGAACUACCACUCAACCACUUGAAACAACAACAGGACCUCCAGGAACUACAACUCCAUUCCAUGAAACAACAACAGGGCCCCAAGCAACUACCACCAAACCUCUGGAAACAACCACAGGACCACCAAGAACUACCACUCAACCACCUGAAACAACAACAGGACCACCAGGAACUACAUCUCAACCACCUGAAACAACAUUGCCCCCAGAAACUACCACUAAACCUCUGGAAACAACCACAGGUCCACCAAGAACUACCACUCAACCACCUGAAACAACAACAUUGCCCCCAGGAACUACCACCAAACCUCCGGAAACAACAACAAGACCUCCAGGAACUACCACUCAACCACCAAAGACAACAACAGGACCACCAGGAACUACAUCUCAACAACCUGAAACAACAACAUUGCCCCCAGGAACUACCACCAAACCUCCGGAAACAACAACAGCACCUCCAGGAACUACCACUCAACCACCUGAAACAACAACAUUGCCCCCAGGAACUACAACCAAACCUCUGGAAACAACCACAGGACCACCAAGAACUACCACUCAACCACCUAAAACAACAACAGGACCAACAGGAACUACAUCUCAACCCCCUGAAACAACGAGAGUGUCCCAAGGAACUACCACCAAACCCCCGGAAACAACAACAGGACCUCCAGGAACUACCACUCAACCACCUGAAACAACAACAGGACCUCCAGGAACUACAACUCCAUUCCAUGAAACAACCACAGGACCACCAAGAACUACCACUCAACCACCUGAAACAACAACAUUGCCCCCAGGAACUACCACCAAACCUCCAGAAACAACAACAGGACCUCCGGGAACUACCAUUCAACCCCCAGAAACAACAACAUUGCCCCCAGGAACUACCACCAAACCUCCAGAAACAACAACAGGACCUAAAGAAACUACCACUCAACCACCUGAAACAACAACAUUGCCCCCAGGAACUACCACCAAACUUCCGGAAACAACAACAGGACCUCCGGGAACUACCAUUCAACCACCUAAAACAACAAAAUUGCCCCCAGAAACUACCACCAAACCUCUGGAAACAACCACAGGACCGCCAGGAACUACACCUAAACCACCUGAAACAACAACAUUGCCCCCAGAAACUACCACUACACCUCUGGAAACAACAACAGGACCUCCGGGAACUACCAUUCAACCACCUGUAACAACUACAUUGCCCUCAGGAACUACCACCAAACCUCCGGAAACAACCACAGGACCACCAAAAACUACCCCUCAACCACCUGAAACAACAACAGGACCUCCAGGAACUACCACUCAACCACCUGAAACAACAACAGGACCUCCAGGAACUACAACUCCAUUCCAUGAAACAACCACAGGACCACCAAGAACUACCACUCAACCACCUGAAACAACAACAUUGCCCCCAGGAACUACCACCAAACCUCCAGAAACAACAACAGGACCUCCGGGAACUACCAUUCAACCCCCAGAAACAACAACAUUGCCCCCAGGAACUACCACCAAACCUCCAGAAACAACAACAGGACCUAAAGAAACUACCACUCAACCACCUGAAACAACAACAUUGCCCCCAGGAACUACCACCAAACUUCCGGAAACAACAACAGGACCUCCGGGAACUACCAUUCAACCACCUAAAACAACAAAAUUGCCCCCAGAAACUACCACCAAACCUCUGGAAACAACCACAGGACCGCCAGGAACUACACCUAAACCACCUGAAACAACAACAUUGCCCCCAGAAACUACCACUACACCUCUGGAAACAACAACAGGACCUCCGGGAACUACCAUUCAACCACCUGUAACAACUACAUUGCCCUCAGGAACUACCACCAAACCUCCGGAAACAACCACAGGACCACCAAAAACUACCCCUCAACCACCUGAAACAACAACAGGACCACCAGGAACUACAUCUAAACCACCUGAAACAACAACAUUGCCCCCAGAAACUACCACCAAACCUCUGGAAACAACCACACGACCUCCAGGAACUACCACUCAACCACCUGAAACAACAACAGGACCACCAGGAACUACCACUCAACCACCAGAAACAACAACAGGGCCCCCAGGAACUACAUCUCAACCCCCAGAAACAACAACAGGUCUGCAGAGAACUACCACUAUUCCCUCUGAAACAACAACAGUCCCCCUAAGAACUACCACCAAAUCCCCGGAAACAACAACAGGGCCUCCUGGAACUACCACUCAACCACCUGAAACAACAACAGUCCCCCUAAGAACUACCACCAAACCCCCGGAAACAACAACAGGACCUUCAGGAACUACCACUCAACCACCUGAAACAACAGGACCUCCAGGAACUACAACUCCAUUCCAUGAAACAACAACAGGGCCCCCAGCAACUACCACCAAACCUAUGGAAACAACCACAGGACCACCAAGAACUACUACUCAACCACCUAAAACAACAACAGGACCUCCAGGAACUACAUCUCAACCACCUGAAACAACAACAGGACCUCCAGGAACUACCACUCAACCACCUGAAACAACAACAGGAACUACAACUCAAUUCCAUGAAACAACAACAGGGCCCCCAGGAACUACCACCAGACCUCUGGAAACAACCACAGGACCACCAAGAACUUCCACUCAACCACCUGAAACAACAUUGCCCCCAGGAACUACCAUUCAACCACCUGAAACAACAGGACCUCCAGGAACUACAACUCCAUUCCAUGAAACAACAACAGGGCCCCCAGCAACUACCACCAAACCUAUGGAAACAACCACAGGACCACCAAGAACUACUACUCAACCACCUAAAACAACAACAGGACCUCCAGGAACUACAUCUCAACCCCCUGUAACAACAACAGGACCACCAGGAACUACAUCUCAACCACCUGAAACAACAACAUUGCCCCCAGAAACUACCACCAAACCUCUGGAAACAACCACAGGACCUCCAGGAACUACCACUCAACCCCCUGUAACAACAACAACAGGACCACCAAGAACUACCACCAAACCUCGGGAAACAACAACAGGACCUCCAGGAACUACCACUCAACCACCUGAAACAACAACAGAACCACCAGGAACUACAUCUCAACCACCUGAAACAACAACAGGACCACCAGGAACUACCACUCAACCACCUGAAACAACAGGGCCCCUAGGAACUACAUCUCAACCCCCCAAAACAACAACAGGUCUGCAGAGAACUACCACUGUUCCCUCUGAAACAACAACAGUCCCCCUAAGAACUACCACCAAACCCCCGAAAACAACAACAGGACCUCCAGGAACUACCACUCAACCACCUGAAACAACAACAGUCCCCCUAAGAACUACCACCAAACCCCCGGAAACAACAACAGGACCUCCAGGAACUACAACUCAACCACCUGAAACAACAACAGGACCUCCAGGAACUACAACUCCAUUCCAUGAAACAACAACAGGGCCCCUAGCAACUACCACCAAACCUCUGGAAACAACCACAGGACCACCAAGAACUACCACUCAACCACCUGAAACAACAACAAGACCACCAGAAACUACAACUCAACCCCCUGAGACAACAACAGGUCUGCUAAGUACUACCACUGUUCCCCCUGAAACAACACUGCCCCCAGGAACUACCACCAAAACUCCGGAAACAACAACAAGACCUCCGGGAACUACCAUUCAACCCCCUGAAACAACAACAUUGCCCCCAGGAACUACCACCAAACCUCCGGAAACAUCAACAGGACCUCCAGGAACUACCACUCAACCACCUGAAACAACAACAUUGCCCCCAGGAACUACCACCAAACUUCCGGAAACAACAGCAGGACCUCCGGGAACUACUAUUCAACCCCCUGAAACAACAACAUUGCCCCCAGGAACUACUACCAAACCUCCGGAAACAACAACCGGACCUCCUGGAACUACCACGCAACCACCUGAAACAACAACAUCGCCCCCAGCAACAACCACCAAACUUCCGGGAACAACCACAGGACCACCAAGAACUACCACUCAACCACCUGAAACAACCACAGGAUCACCAAGAACUACCACUCAACCAUAUGAGACAACAACAGGACCACCAGGAACUACAUCUCAACCACCUGAAACAACAACAGUGCCCCCAGGAACAACCACCAAACUUCCGGGAACAACCACAGGGCCACCAGGAACUACCACGCAACCACCUGAAACAACAGCACAGACUCCAGGAACUACAACUCAACUCCCUGAAACAACAACAGGACCACCAGGAACUACUACCAAACUCCCUGAAACAACAACAGGACCACUACAAACUACCACUCAACCACCUGAGACAACAGGACCUCCAGGAACUACCACUCAACCAGUGGAAACAACAACAAGACCCCCAGGAACUACCACUCAACCACCUAAAACAACAACAUUGCCCCCAGGAACUACCACCAAACCUCCGGAAACAACAACAGGACCUCCAGGAACAACCACUCAACCACCUGAGACAACAACAGGUCUGCUAAGUACUACCACUGUUCCCCCUGAAACAACACUGCCCCCAGGAACUACCACCAAAACUCCGGAAACAACAACAAGACCUCCGGGAACUACCAUUCAACCCCCUGAAACAACAACAUUGCCCCCAGGAACUACCACCAAACCUCCGGAAACAUCAACAGGACCUCCAGGAACUACCACUCAACCACCUGAAACAACAACAUUGCCCCCAGGAACUACCACCAAACUUCCGGAAACAACAGCAGGACCUCCGGGAACUACUAUUCAACCCCCUGAAACAACAACAUUGCCCCCAGGAACUACUACCAAACCUCCGGAAACAACAACCGGACCUCCUGGAACUACCACGCAACCACCUGAAACAACAACAUCGCCCCCAGCAACAACCACCAAACUUCCGGGAACAACCACAGGACCACCAAGAACUACCACUCAACCACCUGAAACAACCACAGGAUCACCAAGAACUACCACUCAACCAUAUGAGACAACAACAGGACCACCAGGAACUACAUCUCAACCACCUGAAACAACAACAGUGCCCCCAGGAACAACCACCAAACUUCCGGGAACAACCACAGGGCCACCAGGAACUACCACGCAACCACCUGAAACAACAGCACAGACUCCAGGAACUACAACUCAACUCCCUGAAACAACAACAGGACCUCCAGGAACUACCACUCAACCACUUGAAACAACAGCAUCGCCCCCAUCAACAACCACCAAACUUCCGGGAACAACCACAGGACCACAAAGAACUACCACUCAACCACCUGAAACAACCACAGGACCACAAAGAAGUACCACUCAACCACCUGAAACAACCACAGGACCUCCAGGAACUACCACUCAACCAUUGGAAACAACAACAAGACCACCAGGAACUACCACUCAACCACCUAAAACAACAACAUUGCCCCCAGGAACUACCACCAAACCUCCGGAAACAACAACAGGACCUCCAGGAACUACCACUCAACCACCUGAAACAACAACAAGACCACCAGGAACUACCACUCAACCACGUGAAACAACAACAGGACCACCAGGAACUCCAACUCAACCUCCUGAAACAACAACAAUUCCCCCAAGAACUACCACUAAACCCCCGGAAACAACCACAGGACCACCAGGAACUACCACUCAUCUACCUGAAACAACAACAAGAUCACUUGAAACUACCAUUCAAGUGACUCAACCAUCUGCAGCAACAACAGAAAAUGUUACAACAUUCACGACUGUCGCUACAACUUCAUUGGUUACCACUCUACCACCCACUGAAUGCGUCCCACGUGUAAUGAGUUCUCCAGCGAAUGUCUCCUACAAUGGUUGUGUACCUAUACAACCAAUUUAUUUGGAAGAGUGUGCUGGAACAUGUGACUCUAGUUACUCCAUGGAGGUUGUGGAUGGUCAGCUCAAACCACAUUCCUAUUGCACUUGUUGUCAACCUCACUCUGUUACAGAACAGUCCUAUGAGGCAUCAUGUCCUGAUGGGUCUAACAUGACCAUUUCUGUUCCUGUUAUCACAAGCUGUACCUGUACUCCAAUGGACUGUCCCACUAAAAUCAACUUUGCAUGGCUUUCACCACAUUGAUUAUUUUUUACUGUGGACCACUUUUUCUCUCUUAUGGUGAUUGGGGCUCCAUGAUCUCAAAGGAAUAUAAUUAUUGUUUAUUCACAGUAUUGCAUUUUCAACAGCAAGUGUCAGUGAUGCUCAAUGAAUAGCAAAUAAGUCUUUUGAUCCAAAGCUCUCGCGGAAUUACAUCGAUUUUGUUCUUGCUAAAUCAGAUUUUUUUCCGAAAUGGUUUACUGUUAUCCAAUAUGAAACAUCUUCACAUUACCCAUAAUGCUUCUAGCUGUCAAUCUUCCUUGAAAGUCCUACAUAGUCUUCGUUGAAUGCAUUGCAUAUAUUGUCCCAACCUUGCAUACCUUUAUAAUUAUAUAGAGAGAUCUGUAUCACGCUGCUCAUGGAAAGAAUUUGCAAGCUUAUUGAAGUAUUCUUGAAUUAUUGAUAAACAUAUUGACCAGUUUAGAAUACACUAACCCCAUGAAAUGAAUUUAUGGAUAUAAUGUAACUCUUUUCAUUGUUCUGAGCAUUGAAUAUAAGAUUAUUUGUUACAUCAGGUCGAUUGCAAUGUGUGAUAAAUACGUUGCUCAUAAUCGUAACAAUAUUAAUAUAAAACUUACUAUGAGAGAGAUAAUAGAAAUUUCAUCAAUGGCGUAAAUCCAAGCGGUGAAGCUAUUGUUCAGGAGUGGAUGAACUAUUGUUUCAUCCCCCCACUUGAAUAGUAUGACGUCAUGGAUUUACGCCAAUGACUGAUAUUGAUAAUGAUGAUGAUGACGAUGAUGAGUACUUGAUCAUUUUUUUUUUCAUUUAAAAAUAGUUUACUGCAUAUUGUACCUUUCAUUUUACCUAAUGUACUAUAGUAUUAUACUUUACUAAUGGAUCUGUAAAUCAUCAUGAGGAAUAAAAUCAUUAUCUCCAAAUGCAUUUAGAGUCAAAGGCAGUUCUCAUCAGAAUUCAGCAGUCUUCUGUGCGAUCUAUUCAUGAUGCGUUGUAGUUUGUUUGCUCGACCCUAUAUUAAAUAAUUUUACAAUUUAAUCCUUAGACUAAUUUAAAUGAAAAGAGGAAAGCAAUUGAAUGGUCACUGAAAUGGGAUAAGAACAAAUGCUAGUACCGCAUUUUAAAACUUUACAUUUCCCCAAAGUUUGUUAACAAACUGUGUCCAGUUGAUGUCCUAAAUCAAAAUUUAUGUCUACUUUUGUCAUAUGACAUAAAUAAACUUUCUUCUCAGAAAUGAAAAAUAUGGUAAUAUUGUUUGCAUACUUAUGAAAUGUGUAAAUUCAUUGUUAUUAAAGAAAUGAUAGGAGAGAUGAUGCAGAAAUCAGGAACAUUGAAAAAAAAAAUCUCUGUACCUUUAAUUAUUAUGGUGGGUUAAACAAAACUCAUAGGCCCCAUAACACAAAGGUUGGUGAUUCAUCACUAAUUUGAAAUUGGCCUAUCAAGAUCUUUGUUGCAUGCGCAUUUAACUCAGUAGACUAGGAACCAAUCAGAAUUGUUCUUUCAAAUUAGCAAUUAAUCACUAACUCUUGUGUUGAGUCAGAACUCAAUUCCAAUAUUUUAACCGUUACAAUGAAAACUGUAUCCAGUUAAAUCAAUACUUGCUGGUAUUGCAGUGUUGGUUUUAUAAUGUUUAUUCAACCAUAUAUAGCCAAUCACUUGAUAUCAGUCCCGGUUAAAGAUGUUGACCAUACUAUUUCAAAAUGAUUUGAAAUGGUAAGUUUUUCGCUUAAUUUUACACUUAUUUCGUAAAAUUUUAAUAGAACUUCACAAAUUCAUAGUUGUUGAAUCUUUAUGUUUAUUGAAAGAUCACUUUCUAUCUGAAAGAAAAAUAAUACCGUGAAGCCUCUAUAUGAUAGUGUGUUCUUGAGAUGUCUGUCUACCAAGUUCAAGAGAUGCUAGAUCUACUAUUGAUGAAGAUUGAUUUAUUGAUUCGAUAACAGAAUAACAUUCAUGUCCUGUCAAGCUCUCUCUGGACAAAACUAUUUACAUAUCAUUUAUUUAUUUCAUUGAUAAAAACCGUGUAUCAUAACUUAAACUUUUCAUACAAGACGCUCGUGAAAACUCAUCUCAUCAAAUUAUUUUUUCAGAGUCAUCGAAAUGAGAAUAUUCCACUAGGCUUUAUGAUCGUGAAAUUUUGUGAGAUAUAUUCCGCUUUUGAUUUUGACAAGUAUAAAUAUGAAGAAAUUAAAUCUUGUUCCA